AUGCACACGGCCGACUACGUGGCGCGCCUGCGCAGCAUCCUGGUCUUCCGCGGCGGCGACGGCCGCGAGUACCUGAACGACCUGCACGCGCUGCAGAUCGACGCCAUGACCUGGACGACCGUGCGGACCCGCGGCCGCGCGCCGGCCCCGCGGGCCAACCACAGCUCGGCGCUCGUGGGGGACGACCUGCUCGUGUUCGGCGGCUGGGACGGCCGCCAGAGACUCAACGACGUCCAUGUCCUGGACACGCAGAGCAUGGUCUGGUCGGCCGUCGACGACGAGUUCAGCGUGGACACGAGGCACUACGUGGCCCCGCCGCUGCCCCGAGCUGGCAUGACCAUGGCCCGCCAUCGAGACCGCCUCUUCGUGUUCGGAGGCUCCGGGCCGUCGGCCAAGUGCUACGACGACCUUCACGUGUACGACCCGCGCCGACACCAGUGGGUGGAGACGGUGGCCGUCGUCUCGGCCGAGACCCCGGACGAGCAGCGGCAGAAGUGGAGACAGAGCUACCGAUCCAGUCGCAGCAGGGCUCGCUCCCAGCCGCGAUGGGAUAUCUACGAAGACGACGACCAGCAGGACGGGAGCUGGUCUGGCAACGAUGCCGGAGAGUUCGACGAGGACCUGGACAGUGACGAGGAGUUCGAAGACGCUCACAGCGACCGGGAAGCCAUGAUGGUGGCACAAGACUUGGCGAACGAUUCCUGCGACUCAGCGAACCCGAACGACAUGUGCGAGUUUACUGACGUGGAGAUGAUCCCCAAAAGAGAAGAACCUCUGUUAGUGGUAGGGAGGGGGCCUGGGCGACGGGCUGGCCACACGUGCACCGUCGUGGACCGCAUGCUCGUGAUCUUCGGGGGCUCCUGCGGCGCUGAAUACCUAAAUGACUGUUUCACACUAGACACGGAUCCACCACCUCGCGCUUCUGUAUCGUUGCCGUCGCCGGCGAGAAUGCUGCGUCACGCACUCGCACAAUACGUUGACUGCGAGGAGUUUGCUGAUAUUUCAUUCGUACGUUGCACGCUCUCGUUUACCGUGCAUGUUUCUUUGGCUGGAUGGAAGCGUUGA